AUGUCCAGUACUCGACAAGGAAAUAAUUGGGGAUCAUCCCAUGGAACGAAACCUCAACGUCAUCCACCUCAGCCCAACGAUGGCAACCAUUGUGCAGCACAGGAGGGAACCGGUUGGUCCCAAGACAUUUCGUGGCAGAGCGGGUAUGUUGACGGGCCUCCAUAUGGACAUCCACCGCAAUUCGAGAACAACGUAUCCUAUAUCAGCCGGGGGUUCGCUGAACAGCCUUCCUUCGGUCAUAGCCAGCACUUGGUGGGUCGAAAUUUGGGUCGCCAGUGUGCUUCUGACGGUUCUGACCACGGCCAACCUUCUUGUGAUCCUCUAAGCGUUGAGGUGGCAGCACAAACCGAAUUCCAAAGCGAAGCUGAUAUCUUUGGCGCAUCGAGACACUUUGGUAUGCCCGCACAAACGCCUACCACCCAACCUGCUUGCGCGUAUGAAGCCGUCCUCGAUGCAAAUAUGUCACAGUAUAGACUGACGAAUAAAAGCACUGCCGGGAUUUCCCCAACACUCCUAGAUGACACUGCUCCGGCUGGAGAUAUGUCGUUCUACCCCUGGUCCUCAUUCAUGGGACCAGACCAUGUAACGACAGCCAGCGGCGGCUCUGCCGACUGGGGACUAGGAAGAACCGAUUCUCCAGGCAUUAUUGAUUUGGAUGUCGUCUACCAUCCCAGCGUCGUUGAAGCUCCAAGCACUGCAUAUGGGCCUGAGUCGUAUAUUGCUGGGGUCGAGGCCCAACGAUAUCAGACCGGAUGCUCAGACUCAAGCCAUGAAUCCACCACCCUGUCCACAAUCCCCUUGGUCGCGAUCAUGAAUUCGACAGCGAGGAACCCCACGGCAGAGUCAAGACCACGUCUCAGAGAGAAGACGUUUUACGGCGGUACUAUGACUCCGACCGUCCCUGGGCGGCACUUGGGACGGUGGAUGAGUGGAAGAAGCCAGGAAAGAGACACAGCCAUACCUCACAGAAUUCUCAUGGUGUAUGACGUAGUAGUCGUAGUGAGCGUGUGCCAGCCGACCCCCUCGUUCGGUACUAGCCUGUUGGUGCAGCCUCCAGCCAUCGAUCCCGCAGACGAGGGGAAUGUGAACGACGCAAUCGCUGACAAUGACGUUCUUGGUUUCCCAGCAAAUCCUCAGACACAAGAGUUUGUCUUGGAUCAUGACUUAAAUCAUGGCAUCUCGAGAAUAUCGCUCAACCUGGCGCCGAGGCUUGGCAUCGAUGUGCUGUUCGGACGGGUGCAUCCUUCAGUCUUUUAA